ACAUUUGUGUAAGUGAAAAAUGAUACAUAGGUGUAAAUUUAAUGAUUGAUUGAAUUAUAAUUCUGAUAGGGUAGAUAACAAAUAAUGCAUUUAGUAAUAAUUGUACAAGUUGGUUAGGAUUCUCAUUUAUAAAUUCAACACAUGUUGGUGACGUUUGGCAUACUUAUAUAAAUAUAUUUCGAGUUAUUGUAAUAAAGUCAAAUUCAUAAAUCAUUAAUCAACCCCAAUGAUGAUUGAUUCGAUCUCUGGGGAAAAAAUUGCGCUUAUCAUCAUAUACGUGGGUUAAUAAUGUUGCACAUUAUAAAUACGAUGUUGGGAGAUACUCCAGUAGUAUAUAUUUAUAUAUUUCAAGACUACGACCUUGCUAACUUUGGGGGCUUUUUACCAUAGCAUUUCGUCCAUAAUAUUGCUCUUCAUAAGAUGAUGUCUAUUGAUUCAUGGAACCAGGGCGCAGGGCAGCCAAAGGAGCUUGUAAAUUUUGUACCAACUUGCCUCAACUUGGUUGUUCUCAACAAUUUGAGAACAACGAAAUGGGACAAGUUCAGCAUUUAACUUGUCAUGUCAUGCAAAAUGAUGCAAUUGCCCCACAUUCCUUUGUUGAUCUGAUUAUUUGAGUAUGGCAAGCGGGUUUCUGAACGUUUUACUCGAAUCGAAGUAGGAUCCGAUUACAAAAGAAAGAAACUUUUGAAAAAUGCCUGUAAAAUCCGAAAAACUUAAUUAAUUCCAAUGACAUUUUUAGGGGUUAAGAACAAGGUCCUUAUCGUUCAAUUUUUUGCUUCAUAUGGUCCGUAGACCCCCAUCCUUCCUAUCUGGCGAAUUAUUUGCCUCGCGGUCCCCAAAAGUGCUUUGCCACUCUUUCUCGCUACCACUUUUGAGGUGUAUGUCCAAAUGUGACGGAAUCUUCCCAACUUUUUGGGUGGUUUUGUUCGACGACUAUAUUCUCUCCUGCAUAAUGCCCAAAAUCGUUCAAUUGGUCUUGCCCGAGGGACGUAGGGAGCAUAUUCCUUUUUUGCAACAAAAUCGAUUUUUUUCGACCACAGGUAGUCCAGAACAACUUUUGAAUAAUGAAAUGUUGCUGUGUCCGGUCAGAAAAGUACAUUACGAUUAUUGAUAAAGGGGAUCAAGAUCUUCUUUACACAAUCGUUCAGAUAUCUCUCCGAGGUCAUGGUGGCUGUGGUCACGGACGGCUUUGAGACGUCCCCCAAUGAGUCCAAUGCUCGCCCGAUUAUGUGCUUUGUGGGGAAUUUUGACUUCGGCGUGUAUUUGAAGGAGUCUUUAAACGUUUUCUUAUUAGUAUAUGAGUAGUACUUCCUCGCAGGGACUUCAUCUGGAUCAGUCGAGCACUUGGUCUCAUCAUGCAUGACCAAAAUCACGGACAUGUUUUGCUUGACUCGUUUUUCUGCAAUCUGCCGAGAGUUGGGCUUUGCUCUUUUUUGCUGACCUUGGUUGUACUUUGGUGCAAGUGUCGCCCUAUAGGAUUUGACCCCCAACUUCGUAUGUUUAAUGUCAUGUAAACUUAAUUUUGCUAUUUUUAAUUUGUAGCCCAAAUUACCAUCUGAUAUCCCAAGGUCAUUUUGGCAUUCCUGCUGAAGUCUUCGUAUCACUUUGGGGGUCGCUGCACGAGCAGGACGAUUUUUUUAUUUUUUGAAUUCAGCAUUCCUCCUCUCCUCAUACAUAUCUAAAACUCUGCAAAUUGCCCCAUUAGGAAUUUUUGCUCUUUUGAAGUGGCUAUUAACCAUUAUCCGGACGCGCUCGCACACGUUUUCGUAGUAGUGGCAAAUCUUUUUUGCGAGUUGUUCCCGAUUUUUUGUUCUCAUUUUGGAACUAGUCGAGAUAUCGACUUCCGGUUUUCUGAUUUGGGUAGCUAAUCGCAUGGACUACAAUUCAGUGGCAAUUUUUCUUCCAUAUGAAUAAAUACAUUUUCCAAAAGUUUCUUUCUUUUGUAAUCGGAUCCUAGUGAAGAGAGAGCCGCCUAAGAUAAGAUGUAAGGAUAAGAGAGGAGCUUUCUCAUGGCUUUCUCUGCCUUGUCGAUUUUCAGACGAUAAUCGUCUGACGUUGGUCGCACCAACAAGAUAAUCGCCUUCCUCUGACGAUUUGCUAACUGCAAACUGCUGCCAAGAGUUGGGACUUUAAAAGGGCUGAUUCAUAAUUCGAAUUAUGGAGGAUGAGAACAUGGACGAUUUGCCGAGCUCGCAAGACAGUGAAAUGGAGAUCCAUCCUCCGUCGAGGAGUAGAAAUGGAAACAAGGCGUUGCGACGGAUAGACAGUGAUGACAGUGAUAACGAGGACAAUAAAGAAAAUGUCAAAGCUGUCAUAAGUGUGAACGAGAAAUUAAAUGGACAGAACAACGACGUAGUGAAAGCUGCAUUUGCUCAGGAUGAGACCGGAGAGAUGGAUGAUGACGAUGAUAUUCUCUUGUGCCUAGCGGUGGACAAUCUGGACGAAAGUCUUCGAAGCAAUUGCAAGUAUAGUCAUGAUAGCGAUCUGGACAGCAAUAGUAGCACUGAAGAGAGUGAAAACAACAAUUAUGAAAGUAGGCAUCGGGCUAUAUCACGAAGGAUAAUGACGGACGACGAGGAUGAAUACGACACGAGUGACGACUUUAUUGACGACCGUGAUGUGGAAGAAGAUAGUUCGGAUGAUGAUGAUGAAAGCACUAACGAGUUUGAAGUGGAGCUCAGUCGGUUAGAUGCGUGGAAGGCUCCAGAUCCCCACAUGAAUAUGUUGACUACUAAGAGAAAUGGGGUCGGUGAAAAGAGGAAGAAAACCAGAAAAGGAACGAAAAGGCAAAGAGCCAAGAAGCAGAGAAGAAAUUGUUCUGGUUCACACUGUAGCAGUCAAGAGGAAUAUUCGGACGACGAUGAUUAUGUGAAUGAUGUUCAGGAUGUUCAGGAAGUGAGUAUUCAUCAGAUCAAGAUGAAUCACUGGGAAUUCCGAGAGUUCUUGGAACGGACACAUCCGGAAGAAGAUAUUAUAAAGCACGUCAUCAAAAAACAAAAUGAACAAAAUAAAAACAGCCCAAAAUACGAGGAAAAAACUGUGAAGAAUUUUCCAGUAAUGUCGAAGGGCGACAAUUUAUGUACAGAAGAAAAGGACCUGGACCCAUUUAAAAUCAAAAUUUUUGCCCAAGUUAUUCCACGCAGACCUGCACUUAUGACGGCGUAUGGUGUUAAAGACGUGACAUCCCAAGUCUGUCACACGCUGAUUUUUCACUACCGGAAGGGCGAAAUUUUCGUAUUGACCACGAACCAAGCAUGGAACGUGGUUCAAUGGUGUUCAGACUUUGGGUUUCCAGGAAAGGUAGCUGCGCGGAUUCUGAGCAGGAAAGGCACUGUAGAAGUGACGAAGAAAGGACUUAUUGGCAAUGACUUCAUGUCAAAGCGCACUCACAACCAAAUCCAAGAAUCCAAUCCAUUCGAUCUGCUCACUUUUUGCACCGGGUACACGACGUGUAUUGAAGAAAAUGCGUCCAUUCUAAAUCUACAUUGUUUUGAAAAUCAAAGGCCGCAAGUUUUGUUGGAACCAGAGCCAGAAAACCAAAAUGAAGACAAAAUGCAGUUAGUCCACGAGCCAAGUACAUCGUCAACUUCAAACAAGUCGCCUCAAAAAUUGGCGCCAAAACAGAGGACAUCUCCCAAAAAGCAAGGUCCCCCUGCGACCGUAAAGGUCGCAGUAUCUCAAGCCGGUGUCCGGUUUUUGAAACGGUUCCGUCCGUCUGACUUUCUGGCGAUUUUAAAUCAUCUCUCCCGUAUCGCCCGAAAUCAACCAACCGUAACUGUGGAUGAAAGGAGGAAAAGGAUUCCUCUGUCCAUGUCCAAUACCUACAGCCAGUACAAAUUGAAAUCGCCAGGGAGCUAGAUCUGCAACUGGCGACACAAGUUCACUCUGCAAUCGCGGACAAUCGUCACAUGGCCAGGCUUCAAAACUACGAUUUCACCCACAAACAUUUUAUGGACUUUUUUAAUGGACGCGAAUUUUUCUUAUGUUAUGGAGCACAUCAGCAAAAGCAUUGGAAGAGCGUUCCACCAACCUUGACUCAAGUUAUUCAUGCCCUCCGAGGAAUCGAAGAAUUGACGAAUGUUGAACCAGGCACAUCAGAAGAUAGUUACAAGAAGAAAUUGGAUAAAUGCAAAAUAAAGUACCACACCCAUGAUAGAAAACGUGGAGGAACUCUAAAGAAUGGAGAAAAGGUGCUCAACUUCAUUCAAGGAAUGUUGUUUCAUGAAGAUUUCAACAGUGUCUACUGGCACAUUAAAGGUCUCUGGUGUAACCUUGAACCAAGCUACAUCCUUCUCAUCCAAAAACAAUUAUUGGAGUUGAUACAACGACACUUAAGAGAUUCUACAACCCUUGGUUUAAAGUUUUCCUGGCCACUACCACCAGUAAUUGAUGAUGACGAUGGCGAUGGAAUUAACGAGAAUGAAGAACAUUUCACACCAAUAACUGUUCUUGCGAUCGAAGCUUACUUGGAACAGUAUCGCCAACAUCCCAACUAUUUUGUUUCUCCUUCUCCAGGAUCGGGGAUUGUAGAUAUGAUCAAAAUUAGUAAGACCAGGGCGACUGACAUAUCGAUUAACCAAAGUAUGACGACAGAUACCGAGAGCAAGAGCAACUUGACCUUGUUCUACAUGAUUUCUAGUCUAUCCCAUAAAGUGAUAAGCCAAGGAGUUCGAGUUACCAAUAGCCUCACGGGACUCAUGAAAGGAAUUGCGGAUAUUGUGUCCAGUGGCUCUGCUGCUGGAACAACUAGACAACAAGGAGUCGGGGGUUCAGAGCUUAAUUUGGAGGAGCUGAAAAAACUUUACGAGUUGGUCAAAUUAAAACCGAAUUUCCAUGAGGUUGCUUCGACCUUCACCAAAUUCAAAAUGCUUCUUAGAGAUUCCUCUGUCGUGGUGGGUAUUGGAAAGGAAUCUGUAUCAACGGCGAGAACUUUGGAAGAGGAAGCAGCUGUUCCCAUCUCCAUUGAACCGAUGCAUAUUGAAGAACAACUUAAUUUGGUCGCCAACGACGUUUCAUUGCGAAGUACGAUGACUCAGAUGGCUGAAAAACUUGGGACUCCAGAUGACCUUGCUCAACUGUCAUCAGAACUUCACCGCUUAAUGAUUACGAACGAAAUGAUCGGACCAGAUAAUACCAUAACCAGCAAACUUGUAGCCUUGUCACCUAUCUCGGAACCAAUCUCGGAGUUGAAAGAAUUUUCCUCGUUCCUUAACAAACACAUUAUCAAAGCGUUUCAACCUUCGGGGUCUACUUUUUUGGCCAAGAUGGAGUUGAUUCGAAUUCGCCGAUAUUUUAUGAACUUAGGAAUCCGAAAAUUUUUUAUUGCUGAAAUUCCACUUGCACAGGAAUAAUGAUUAGAUUAGUUUAACGGAGACACCUUCAUUGGUCUAUAAUGUAUGUAUGCAAUAAUGCAUGUGUAUGUUGCCUACUUGUCAUGAAGUUGUUGCUACCAUCACAAUCUGAUUGAAAUGUCUCCAUCUUUUUUUGUGACUGACAAGGCGAGUUGCAAAAUUGUUAGGAAAAGAUUUAUUAUGUGUAUUAUUUUAUUAGCAAGUAUAACCUAUGUCAGUGCAUUUAUUUUGGAUGCGUAACUUUCAUAGUUGUAGGAUACAUAUAUUGAAUUAGCUUUAAAUUGUAGCUUGCAAUAAAAACCGUAAAAUACA